AUGCAUAUUAUGCUUCAUAAAAAUAGGCAAGAUUUGGGCAAUGCCAAUGCAAAUCGUUCAUUUGUUACACUUCCAGUAUUUAUGAAUGCGGAAAACGCAGAGAAACUAAUUGAUUUCAUUGAUACAAAAAGUAGCGCUAAAAUGAAGAGUCAAUCAAAGCUGACCAAUGUACAAAAUGAUAGAAAUAAUGAAGAAGAUAAAGCUAUUACUCAACAAUAUCUACUCAAAUUUCGAUUAGCUGAUGUAAAAGUUGCUGAACGUUUAGCAUUACAAUUAUAUACAAUCUGUAAUAGAGUAAUACAAAAUUCAACUGAUCAUCAUAAUACAACAAUAAGUGAUGAUCACAAUGAAAACAAUGAUGAGAAUAUAUUUACACGAUUUAAUCGACAAUUUCGUGAUACAUUCAAAUGUUUUUCGUCACCUUUUAAUGUAAAAUCAAAAAUGUCUAAACGUAAAUCAUGUUCAACAUCAUUAGAUCCUAAUGCAACAACUACACAACAUGAUGCUAAUGAUGCUGAUAAUCAUGCUGAAGCAAAAAUAACAACUCUUCAACCAUCUUCUCUAUCUGAUCAUACAUCACAACUAAGCCAUAAUAUUGUCUCAUCAAUGUCGACUGUUAGUAUGCCUAUUCCUACUACUAGUGUUACUUUUGUUACAAGUAAUGACAGUUAUCCUGUAACAGUGAAAUCAUCAUUGAAUGAUAAUGAUGAAAAUAUUAAGAAAUGGUCAUAUUCUCCUGUUUAUUCAUCAAUUCAAACAAAUACCUCAACAAUAAUGACUACUAGUACUACUCAUCAUCAUCCUCAGCACCAGCAGCAGCAGCAAUCGUCUAACACAUCGACUACACAUACAACAUUCAUAUCAAAUUCCAAAUAUCAUCAAUCAAAUAUAAUGAAAACUAAUUAUGAAGCCAUACCAACAGUUGUAGAACCAGUUGAAGUAGCUGCUGGUGAAGCACAAGCAGAAUUAAAUGAACGUGAUCAACAAGUUUUACAAUCAUUACUAAUGAAUAAAUCAUCAACAAUUAUCUCUUCUACGCCUAUUAAUAAUUUGUCUUACACUGUCACUAAUACACCAAUGAUGACGACAUCAGCAACAUCGAUGAAUUCUAUGUCAUCCUCACCUGUUUCAUUAUCAUCAUUCAAUAAUUCAUCGUCGGUAGCCAUGAUGAAUAAAUCAAAUACGGAAUCGUUCAAUAUCAACUCGGCUAACACUACAAUCACAACAGCAACAACAACUAUCCAAGAAGACCAAUCACCGAAACAAUCGCUAAAUGAAAAUCUUGUUUCAUCGUCAACCAUGCCAACAAGUAGUAUUAAUAGUAAGCUUAAAACAUUUCCAUAUUCAUCUUCUUCACAACCAACUGAAAUGACAUCAGAACAAAAAAUUGCCAACUCAUCAUUGACUAAUCAUUCUAAUCAUGGUGAUACGUCGUCCAUUGUUGAAAAGCCAAUUUCUAAUGGAGAAAAGUAA